UAUCAGGCAAAAACAAGAAAUGAAAUAUGUAAUAUAGAAAAGUACCUUUUUAUUAGAAUUUGAAUUUAUACAACCAGUUGUACGCAUAAGGUCCGGCGCACGUUUGUUUUGUGUUGAGGUUAAAAAGGGAAAUUAAAAUCUAAGCAGAGAAAAGUUAAAUUACAAUGAAUAAACUGCUUAGAGUGCUUCAAACAAUUCGGCCAGCACAUCUUACGAAUCAAUGUCGUCGUACUUUCCUCUCCCAGGCGUACAACUGCAGUGAUGCUUGGAACCAAAGAAGUUCUUCUCAAAUCUUAAGCAAAGUAAACCUCGAUGAUCUUUACUAUGAAUUGGAUCAACGCUAUCAGAAAUCAGGAGUUAUUAGUGCGGUAGAUGUAGAUAUCUUUGCCAACAAAGUACAAGAUGACAUUUAUGUUGAUGAGCUGCUGGAUCUAAUCCAUAAAUUGAGAAUGAGCUCGGAAACAAGCAACACCCUAAACUCCACUGGACAUGCAGUCAUUAGAUAUCUUCUUACACAAAAUAAAACAUCAGAUUUGUUGAAUGUGUUGGAUGAUAGGCUUAACUAUGGUAUUUUCUUGGAUUACUAUACAGCCAACCUACUUAUGGACCAUUUCUACAAGCAGAAAGAUUACACAGCAGGGUGUAGAGUAGCCAGUCAAAUGAUACUUCAAGAAGAAGUAGAUCAUCCAAUAACUAAAGCAUUAGCUCUGCUGCAUUGUUAUAAAUAUUUGUGUGAUCCACAAGGUUGGCCUGAAGUUGUAAAACCUGAAGAACCUGAGGAGGAAGUGAAGAUCAGGGUAAAAUUUCUCAGAAAUCCAUAUGAUGAUGGCCAUUUUGAUCUUGAAUGGCCCAAAAUAGUUGGCAAAACUUUGAUGGAGUUCACUAGAAACUCACAACAGUCAGAUCUACACAAAUCACUGCAUACAAUUGGAAGAAAGCUACUGGAGAAUGAGGUUGAUGUAAAAACAGAGUUGGAGUCCAUUGAAAAUAUUGAAAAACAAUUAGAAGAAGCUGUAGUCCAAGCUGAACAGAAGGUGGCAUCAGAAGAUAUAACACAACAAGUGAAGCUAUUCAAUGAAUGGGAACAAAUUCGCCAGAGCAACUUGGAGAAACAGAUCUUACGACUGGAAACAGCGCGUCGUAUCGAAAACAUUAAAAAGACGCAAGAGGAUCUGAAAGCGCGCGAGGAAAAAUUGUGGUUCUUUGAAAACGAGGAACAAAUUGAGCUGUCCAUCGAAAACAAAAGGGUUUACCACCCGAAGCGGUGGUUCGGCAAGAAGAGGAAGCCGAGGAAGAUUGAUGAAGGCUAUGUUCCGCCUGAAUUAAGGCGUUAUAAAUCGGCGCUUUAUACUCGGUGCGCUUAGUCUUUGACAUGAAAACACUCGUCAAGUUCUUCUUCUUUGAUUGUGAGCAUGAUUGCGAAUAUUUAAUGUGAUAUCUUCCUGGUCCUGGCGAUAUCUUCCAUUUUAGGGCUGGUCGGACUUCCAAGCCGGUUAUUCCAAACAUGUACUUUUGUUCUUUAGAAGCGGUUAUACCUGAAGGAAUAACAUACUGUGCUGGACCAGGCCAGUUUGGAUUUUUGUAGCAUGUGGAAAUAUCGUCUAGUAAGUGACGACAAGUUGGAUGUGUUUGAAACCGAGUUGCUUUGUUAAAUUUUCCUUUCCUGAAAGAAAUUAUGUUUAUUAGAGGAAUUAUUUGCACGAGA